AUGUCACCCUCAGCCAUGGACAUUGAUGCGCCUGCAUCGGAGCAACAGAACUUAUUGCCUCCACCUAUACUUUAUCCUGCUAAGGAUCUUCACUUCGACAAAUAUGUUGAGCCACAACCAGAUGGGUAUCAGAAGGCGAAGUCGAGGGGAGCUAAUCAAGCUACGAUAGUAAUUGACAAUGGCUCCUCGGUGACUCGAGCUGGCUGGUCUUUUGAGGAUUCACCACGUCUCGAUGUCCUACCACUUUUUUCGAAGUACAGGGACAGAAAGUUGGGCAAAACGUAUUCGUUUGUUGGCGCCGAUGUAUACGCAGAUACUACGGCUAAGGGCCACAUGAGAAAUGCCUUUGAAGCAGGAAGCGGAAUUGUGAGCAAUUGGGAUGUUAUGGAGCAGGUAUUAGAUUGUAUCUUUCUCAAAUUAGGGGUUGAUUCAGAAGGGCGAGUGGAUAUGCCUAUUGUCAUGACAGAAGCUGUCGCAAACUUACCAUAUUCAAGGAAAUCUAUGACGGAGAUCAUAUUCGAAUGCUAUGGAGCACCAUCUGUGGCCUACGGAAUCGAUUCUCUAUUUUCUUACGACUACAAUGCUGGCAAGACAGGUCUUGUUGUAUCUUCUUCUCACAGUUCUACACAUCUCAUUCCGGUCUACAACUCGAAAGCUAUACUUACCCAAGCAACAAGAUUAAACUGGGGUGCAUCACAAAGUGCUGAGUAUCUCCUGAAGCUUAUCAGGCUCAAAUAUCCUAGUUUUCCGGGGAAGCUAGCUGCUACUCAAAUGGAAUAUAUGGUACAAGAUCAUUGCUAUUUAUCACGGGAUUAUGAUCAGGAAGUAAGCAAAUAUCUCGACUGGACAGGACUGGAAGAUAGAGAUCAUGUAAUUCAAUACCCUUAUACAGAGGUGAUUGAGGUACAAAAAAGUGAAGAAGAGUUAGCAAAAAUUGCAGAGAAGAGGAAAGAGAGUGGCCGAAGACUACAAGAACAAGCUGCCAAAAUGCGAUUAGAGAGAUUGAUUCGCAAGGAACAGGAAUUGGACUACUAUAGACAUUUGCAAGGCAGAUUAGUGGAUCAAACGAAGAAGGAAAUUAAAAGAUUACUUGACGCCGAAGAGUUGAAAGACGAGGCUGCUCUGGAGAGAACUAUCAAAGAACUCGACAAAAGUAUCCGCAAAGCCAGGACUAAGGAUGUUGGUGGGCCUGAAAUCGAAGAAGAGGUCGAGGAACCUGACUACUCUAUGCUUGAAAUCCCGGACGACCAACUGGAUGAAGCAGGUCUCAAACAAAAACGUCACCAACGUCUCAUGAAAUCUAACAACGAAGCCCGCGCCCGAGCUAAAGCGGAAAAGCAAGCAGAGAAAGCCCGCAUCGCCGAAGAACAACGCAUAGACGAUGAGAAGCGAGAAAACGAUCUCGAAGGCUGGCUCCAGGAGCGUCGGGAAGCUCGGGCGAUCAUGCUUCAAAAAAUCAAAGACAGAGAGCGUCUCAAAGCGGAUCUCGGAAAUAGAAAGAGUCUCGCGAGUCAGAUCCGCAUGAAAAGCAUCGCUAACCUCGCAUCCGAUAAUCCGACCAAAAAACGCCGUCGCGGAGGCGAUGAUGAUAAUUUCGGUCAAAAUGAUGAUGAUUGGGGCGUGUAUCGCACCAUCCAAACCGGGGAUGGCGGCAGUGAUGAAGAAGAAGAAGAAGAUCCAAGUGUCAUGCUUAAAACCCUCGAAGCAGACCUCCUGAAGUACGAUCCGGAAUUCACGGAUCAACACACACUAGAUGCGCAAACUGAUUGGACCAAAUCCCUCAUCCAUGCUUUCCUCCGCGGGCCCCGUCCCUUCAAUUCGGCUAGCACAGCAGAAGCCCACCAACUCCAUCUAAACGUCGAGCGGAUCCGCGUCCCAGAAGUAAUCUUUCAGCCCAAUAUCGCCGGUUUAGAUCAAGCGGGCAUCAUCGAGAUCGCAGCCGAUAUACUCACGCAGCGGAUCUCGGGAUCAGGGAUGAAACAAGAGGAUUUCCUCAAAGAUAUCUUUUUGACGGGCGGGAAUACACUCUGGCAAAAUUUUGACGAGAGAUUGAGAGAGGGAUUAAGGGGACAUUUAGAAGCGGGCACAGAAGUGAAGAUUAGGAGGGCGAAAGAUCCAUUGCUGGAUGCGUGGAGGGGGGCUGCGAAGUGGAGUUGUGGGGAUCGGUGGAAGGAGGCCAAGAUUACGAGGGAGGAGUAUGCUGAAAAGGGUGGGGAGUAUAUUAAGGAACACGAUCUCGGAAAUGCGUAUUCGUGA